UUUCCAGAUAACCAAACAGCCCCACCGCAGCCACCGGCAACCGGACACAGCCACCGUGUAAGAACCCUAAUCUGCUGUCUCUGCGUCGGAGCCCUACCCUAUCAACCGGAGCGAUGUCCACCUCGGGGCAGCCGCAGUUCCGAUACACUCAGACCCCGUCGAAGGUCCUCCACCUUCGCAAUCUUCCAUGGGAGUGCACCGAGGAGGAGCUUGUGGAGCUCUGUAAACCCUUCGGCAAGAUCGUCAACACCAAGUGCAAUGUCGGCGCCAAUCGCAACCAGGCCUUCGUGGAAUUCUUGGACCUUAAUCAGGCCAUUUCUAUGGUUUCAUAUUAUGCUUCAUCUUCGGAACCUGCACAGGUUCGUGGUAAGACUGUGUAUAUCCAAUACUCGAACAGACAUGAAAUUGUCAAUAACAAGAGUCCGGGAGAUGUUCCUGGAAAUGUCUUGCUGGUAACAAUUGAGGGUGUAGAAGCUGGCGAUGUGAGCAUAGAUGUUAUUCACUUGUUUGGAAAUAUUAUCAUGUGCGUCAUACUCCUUUCUAAGGUGUUCUCUGCUUUUGGAUUUGUGCACAAAAUUGCUACAUUUGAAAAGGCUGCAGGUUUCCAGGCCUUAAUCCAAUUCACCGACGCUGAGACUGCUUCUUCAGCAAGGAAUGCAUUGGAUGGAAGAAGUAUUCCCAGGUAUUUACUGCCAGAACAUGUUGGUUCAUGUCACUUGCGUAUCUCAUAUUCUGCACACACAGAUCUGAAUAUCAAGUUCCAGUCUCAUCGAAGCAGGGACUACACAAAUCCAUACCUUCCUGUGAAUCCUACUGCAAUUGAGGGAAUAGCACAGCCUGCUUUAGGUCCGGAUGGCAAGAAAAAAGAACCUGAGAGUAAUGUUCUUCUUGCUUCAAUUGAGAAUAUGCAAUAUGCUGUUACAGUAGAUGUUCUUCACACGGUAUUCUCUGCAUUUGGUACUGUCCAGAAAAUUGCCAUAUUUGAGAAAAAUGGUGGGAUGCAGGCUCUAAUUCAAUAUCCUGAUGUCACAACUGCAGCAGUUGCCAAAGAAGCUCUAGAGGGACACUGCAUAUAUGAUGGUGGCUAUUGUAAGCUUCAUCUAUCAUACUCUCGUCAUACUGAUCUCAAUGUAAAGGCACAUAGUGAUAGAAGUAGAGAUUAUACAAUCCCAGAUUCAGGUCUGCUUGCAGUGCAACAAGCACCUGGUCACCCAGGUGCUACAACUGUAUGGCAGAAUCCUCAGGCUGCUCCAUUGUAUACUGGGCAUGAUGCCGCUGCUGUGCAAGUGCCAUCAUGGGACCCGAACAUGCAGGCAGGUAGAUCAACCUUUGCUUCAGCUGCUAGCGCAUUUCCCAGUCAACCAUUUGCAUCAUCUUCUAUUUCUGCUUAUCCGGCUCCCCCUGGUUCAUCACCCUUGACACCAGCUGUUCCGCCGAAUGUGCGACCUGGUGGUGCUUCACCUCCAGGCCGUCCUCCUUAUUUUGGUCAGUAAGUUGUAUGCUUUAACUACCAAAGAAAGGGGGAAAAAUGGUAGCCUGCUCUGCAUUUGUUUUUCUGGAGCACACAAAGUUCAUUAUACCUGAAUCCAUCUUGCAGUAGCUUGAUUCCAGCACGGCUUUCUUACUUUUUCAUGUGUGGACCAUUCAAGCUGUAUUUGUGUUGAAAUUGAAAUGUAGCAUUAGAAAUUUUGCUAACACUGCCUUUUCUCCUCUAUUCUGGUGGAAAUGAAAUGAAUUUGGUUUCUUAGCAAUCUGGGCUGUUACUUCGUCUGGUCCUUCCUAGAUUGAUGUACCCCUUGAUAUUCCAGGGUAAGGUUGUGGGUUUUCUCGGGCUUGGCCCCUCACCAAACCAAUGAAGGAAAUUGCCUUGAAGUAUAUGAGAUCGUAAUUGACACUGAGCCAUGCUCUGGUGGCAGAAAGCCAUUAUGUCCUCAGGUUAAGUAAUUCUGAUAGUAGAGAACCAUUAGGUUGUCUCCUCAACUUCUUCCCUAUUAAGUCUUUUAAAAUAGAUCCCCUCGACUGUGUUAACAGUUUCGAGGGGUUUCUCUGAAAUCUUUUGCUGGAAAAAAAAGAAGCUUUCCUUCACUUAGGUAUUGAUUCUACUCUCCAGGGAAAAUAAAAUGAAGAUAAAAAAACCCUAACCUCCUCUCAGUUUAGUCUCUAAGAAUUGCAACGAGGUUGGCCAAGCUCUUCCUCUCUUUUGUAUCAAGAUCUGAAGUUGAAACAAUUUCAGAUUCUACUGUUAAUUUUGGUUGCUAACAAGGAUGGGUGAGCCUAGGCUCGAAUUAUAAUACUGUCUUAGCAGGUGAUGUAUGCUUGGUACAAGAUUAUUGAUUCUUGAGUUUUUGGGGUGCUACUUUAAUGAUUACAGGGAGAGACUAUUGUUUGUUCAAGUACAUAUUCUCAUUCUUAUUCUCUUUUUUACUGGAUUGAAUCUUGGUGCUUCUCCUACCAUGCCAGCUGCCAAAAUUACCAUGUCAACUCAUAGUAGCAGUUUAAAAGUUGAGAACACUGAAGCCUAUUCUUUGCUGUUCUUGUGACAAAUAAUGUGUUUUGGCAUCUCUACUGUGGCCUUAAUGACAACUUUGUGUUACACGUAUUACACGUAUCGCUUUCCUAUUAUUCUGCUAACUCCUAAAGUUUGAUUAUUGAAGGCCUUUUAGUUGGUGACAAACAGAGGUGGCUCUAUUGCUUGGCCAUGUCACAAGCCACAAGCCACAAGCCGAAUGCCCUGGAGAUUGCUGGGUCUCUGAAUGAAAAAGGAGGAUAUCACAGUACCCUUAGAAUCUCACAUGAGAUCUCUGGGGUCCAUGCCCAUAUAGAGACAGCCACAUAUCUUUUCCUAAAAGGUUUGUGCACUUUCUACUGGAGACUUUUGGACAUUCUAUAUGGGUAGAGUAAUCUGGAGGUGACACAUGUCUAACAUACCACUUGGGCAGUGCUGAAAUUAAUUUAGAUUUUACUAUUCCAUGAAGGAGAGGGUGUUGAGUUGGUUAGAGAGAGAGAGAGAGAGAGAGAGAAUGGUUCAUAUAUUCAUUGUAGAAGGCGUUUUCUUCAACGAAUGGAUCCAAAUGGGGUUGUCCCUUGUAAAGACCUUCCCAAAGUAACCUACUGAAAAAUGCUUGAAUUGAAAGAUGAGGGACUUGGUGGGCCAGAUAUUCGGAGCUCUGACUA